GUGAUUAAUGACAAAGUUUUCAUUUUGGGGAGGAGUAUCCCUUUAAAACUGAUUUUAACACAUGAAGGUGUAUUGUCAUGAAUUUCAUAAUCUAAUCUGAACUCACAUGGUUAAGUAUGAAUUUAUAAAUUUGUUAAUUUCAUCUGCUUGACUCUUAAUAUAAAGUAAAAUUUCACUGGUAUGUGUCUAUAUUUGACAUGCAAAAUGGAUCAGGGUUGGGUUAGUUGUAACGCCACUAAUUCCAUUAAUCUUAUAGUGUUCAUAAAGGGUACUACGCAAUUACUUUUACGUUAAACUAUGGUUACUGUGUCAAAAGUGUGUGGGUAAAACACUCAAGUGCAAAGGGAAAAAAUCGACAGCAAGUCCUACUUAAGUUGUACUGAAAUUAUCAUGUGAGUUAGACAAGUCUCCAUGCUCACCAAUGCUGUAUUUAUUUGAUUAAUACGGUAAAUUAAAAAUAAAAAUACAGUAAAACGUUAAUAUUAUAAAAUUUUAUUACAAACUCCAAUAUGAGGGAGACCAAAGUAACUUUACAGUAGCUUGGGUCAGCGAGGAAAUGCGAUGAAGUCGUUAUUCUCCAUAACAGCAGGUGGCAGUAUUGGUUGUAAGUAGCAGUGCUACACACAGUAGAACUGAAGGCGGAUUUUGUGUAUCUGGUUCUUUAUAAAUGUAUUUUUAUUAAGUGACCGAAGAUACGUGCAAGGAAUAUGGCAGAUGAUGUACUGUUUGAAUUCCUCCACAUGGAGAUUGUUGCUCACGUGUACAGGGAGCAUGCGACCCGGGAGGACAUUGAUAAGAGAGUGACGUGUGUCUCUACUCUAGAGGUGAUGGGCUUCAGAGUUGGACAAGGACUGAUUGAAAGAUUUACAAAAGACUGCCCCACUUUCAAAGAUGACUUGGACAUAAUGAAGUUCCUGUGUAAAGAUUUUUGGAGCACGAUCUUCAGAAAACAAAUCGACAACUUGAGGACCAACCAUCAGGGCACAUACGUCUUACAGGAUAAUAAAUUUGCACUCCUAACUCAGUUUUCCAAUGGAAAGCAAUACCUUGAAGAAGCACCUAAAUACUUGGCCUUCUCCUGUGGCUUGAUUCGAGGAGCUCUAUCUAACCUGGGCUUGGAGAGCGUCGUCACUGCAGAGGUUUCUUUAAUGCCAUCAUGCAAAUUCCAAGUUGUAAUUCAGAAACUCUAGGAUGGACUAAAUGAGCUUUCUUCAAUUAAAACUUUGUGAAUGUGAAUUAGAUGCACCUAGAUUCUGAAUGUUUACAACAUUCUAUUUUAUUUAAUACUGUUUGCAGUUUCAGAUUCCAUACAGAUUGCGAAACAGAUUCCAUACAUUUCACUUUUUUUUCUUUCUCCAUCCCACAUAAAUUCAAAAUCUUGACCUGUUUGGAAAUAUUCUGAAUGUCGUAUUCUACCUCAGCUCCACUUAUUACAGACUAAAUUGCUGUCACAGAUAAUCAUGGAAACAUAUUUUCAUAUGACAUUUCGUAAACUUUCGAAUAUUUCAUAAACUCGUAACUUCACAUUUUUGUCCACUUUUUUAUACUCCUUCGGCUGGGUAAGACAUUUAAAAUGUUAGAUGUUAAAAUGUAAGAUGCAGUCUUUUCUACAGCUUUUUUGUAAAAGUGAAUUAUUUAUGUAUAUUUGGGACAGUUGAUAUCUGUAUUUAUUUCAACCCAAAUAACUAAAGCCAUAAUUUAGUGUUGACACUUAAUUUAUUGUUUGGAAAAAACAAACACACACACACAAAAAAUAAAUAAUAGUAAUAAAAUAAAAUAUUGAUAAUCAUAUGGAGAAAAUGUAUGGAUUCUGGAAAAACAGCUUUUAUUGUUGUUGUUGAAAAAUAUGUUUAUGGUUUGGGUUUGUAAAUAGAGGCAUAUGUUAUAACUGGUCAAAAUUUCAAGGGGGAAAAAAAACAACAACUCUUGAUUUCACCAGAAGAGGGCAACCUUUGUCAGUCAGACAUAUGACAUCUAGAGUAAAAGCUCAAAAAAUAAUAUUUUAUCAUAAAACUUUGAUUUGAAUGAUCUUGUACAAGCUUCUAGCACUUAGGUUAGUCUGAAAACUCUUUACGGCUGGUACUUUAGUUUAGUUAGGUACUCAAGCUUAGUUUUAAUAGCUGGUAGAGGUUUUCUGUGAACUGUACUUGUUUGUUGUUGACUGCAUAAUUCUGGAUGAAUUUAUCAUUAUUCAGAUACAUUUAUUUGUGUUACCAAUGCAAUAAAUGCAAUAUAACAAUUAAAA